AUGGUGACGAUUCCUGGUCCCAUAUCUGAGGCGAACCGUGUACGGGAGACGUUUCGGUACGAAUCCGCCCUUAUUGCCGGCACGGUUCCAAAUGACCCAGAACAACUCAUUCCUUCUUGCCAGCUUCGCUCAUCGUCUGACGCCUCGCUCACGUCGUUUGCUCAACUUGCCGUAUUGCGUCUUGGCGUUUCUCGCGCUCUGGUAUCGUUGUUUGAUGGGAGCAACCAAUACGUUGUGGCCGAGGCCACGCAGGAUCUUUCCCUUCGCCCGCGUGACGUCGCCAGCGGAUUUCCCUUGUGGUUAUCAGGCACCUGGAUCCCUCGAUCGCUAGGGAUAUGCGACCAUGUUCUUUGUUGUUCAUUAUCGCCCCCCUCGGUUACGGAAAACGAAUUGGCUGUAUUGGUGGUGGACGACCUGUCGCAGGAUGCUCGUUUCCGAGACCAACCAAUUCUCCGCCACGAGUGGCCCCGGAAUCGAUUCUAUGCGGGUGUUGCCAUCCGCAGUCGCUCCGGCAUCAAUAUAGGCGUGCUCUCUGUUUUCGACGACGAGCCACGGAAUGGGCUUGACUCGUCGGGCUUAAAGACGAUGCGAGAACUUUCGGCGGUCAUCAUGAACCACUUCGAAUCGAAGCGCACCAGUGCCGCCAAGCGCUUGAGCGAGCACAUGAUCCGCGGUAUCGGGAAUUUUGUCGAUGGGUCUACGACCCUGACCAGGAGAAAGACGAGGCGCGGCUCGGCUUUUAAAAACGGCCGAGUCGCCACCCGUGUUGAAGUUGAGGCGUCCAAUGAAGACGGCGUCCACGGGGCACCGACGUUGACCUCAUCAGCAGUUAUUGGUCUUGCCCCACCUGAUACCGCUCACUUAGCAGCAUAUGCCGCUACUGGCGAGUCAGCUUCACAGAUAGAUUCAACGACGGCAUCUCCAGACGUGGAUGAAAAGCAGGAUCCAUUUUCAGAGGCAGUCCAACCUGGCAUCCAUUACCCAUCCAAUCACGAAACCGAAGAAGAAGCAACUAGUGUCAGGAUCAAAGAGGAUGAAUACACAUGCAAGGCCCGAAAAAUCUUCGACAAGGCAUCCAAGAUCAUACGCGAGUCCAUGGAAAUAGACGGUGUAGUGUUUCUGGAGACGCCAUUAUCUUCUUUCAGUGACCGAGACCACGCAAACUGGAUAAAACACGGCAAAGAGAGCAGCUCAUCGUCAAGUAGCGACGAGAAGAUUUUGUCCUUUAUGUCUAUGAGCAAAGAUGGAGCUCCAGAUCCAGCUGCUGAUGCGACCCGUCCACUCGCCUCAAACAUCGCAAAGGUUUCCGACGCGCCGCCUCCUUUUAGAAUUCCGGACAAGUUUCUUCGGAAACUCCUUCGACGUUAUCCUGGAGGAAACAUUUUUAAUUUUGACGAGUAUGGGUCGGUACAGUCGAGCGAUUCAUCGAGUGAGGAAACAACAUCUGCGGAUGCUGACGGCACAGGCGGGGGGGAUCGAGUCCGGAAAACGACGUCGAGUCCGCGCUCAAGGAUGAAGCAUAGCGAACAAGAGGUGCUCAUGAGGAUGCUUCCCGGGGCGCGAUGCAUAGCCUUUGUGCCGGUGUGGGACCCCCAGGAGCAGCGUUGGUUCGCCGGAGCCUUUGCGUAUACCAAAACACACACCCGUAUCUUUACUGCACGAGGUGACCUCAGCUACCUCGUUGCCUUUGGAGCCGUGGCCAUGGCCGAGGUCUCCCGCCUCAAAGCCACGCUGGCGGAUAAGUCCAAAAUGGACAUGCUAGGUUCCCUGUCGCAUGAAUUGCGCUCUCCGUUACACGGGGUGGUCUUUGGCUCCGAGCUACUGCACGAGACAUCUCUCGACUCGUUCCAAAAGGAUGUAUUACACACGGUGGAGAUUUGCGGACGCACGCUUUUAGAUACUGUUAAUCACCUCCUGGAUUGGACCAAGAUUAAUAACCUAUCCACGAAGAAAGCUGCAAGACGAGCGGUAGUGGGUGGACGAGACGCUGAGACGAACGCUAGUCAAGACGGAGCCGAGCCGAGUAAAAUUGCCGCUAAUCUGAUCAGCUUGACUGGGCAUGUGCCAAUCGACAUGCUGGUUGAAGAGGUUGUCGAGAGCGUGUUUGUGGGCCACACCUAUCAGAAGCUCACUGUCGCUCGCUCGGCCAAAGCUUCGCCACCCAAUGAUGACCGAGGCGCCUUGCGACGAUUUGAUGCCAUGCAAGUGGCCAUGGACGAACCCGAGACGGCUUGCUCCGCGUCGAACAACGUUGCAAUGAGCCUGUACAUCGAACCUGCAGCGUCGUGGACCUUUUACACCCAAGCUGGUGCACUUCGUCGAGUGGUGAUGAACUUGGUGGGGAAUUCCCUCAAGUACACCGAAAAGGGCUUCAUAGCCGUCAGAAUAAGCCAAUCUCCGUGGCCGUCACCGCCAAACUCGGAGCAGGCACGAACAGGCCGCGACGUUCGAAAUGUCUGCAUCAUGGUUUCCGACUCUGGGCAGGGGAUGAGUGAAGACUACUUGCAUAAUCGCCUGUUUGUUCCCUUUUCUCAAGAAAACAGGAUGAGCCCCGGCGUUGGCUUGGGACUGAGCUUCGUCAAGCGCAUCACCUCGGCGCUUGGCGGCCACAUUCAGGUUCAAAGUCGGGUCGGCCACGGUACCACCAUUACUGUCAGCUUGCCGUUGGAGACGACCUCGGCGAGUUUGCCGCCAGUGCCAGGAGGCCAGCAUACUCUGGAAGGGGAUAUUGAGCAAGGUGCUGACUCCUUUGCGCCUGAAAUGGCCAAACUCAAGGGUCUCCGAGUCCGCUUUUUGGGCUUCAAAUCCGCCGCCUCCGCCACCGCCGCCGCCACCGCCAAGCCGGCCAGACGGUUUCCCGCGAUGGGCAGCCAACAUGAUGUUGGUUCUACCUUGACGGCCACGUGUCGAAAAUGGCUGCAAAUGCACGUGCUGGAAUGUCAGGAAAACAUGGGAGCGACAGUGGACGUUAUUCUGUGCAGCCAGGACCACGCGGACCGAUUCCUCGCCAAUGCCACGAGGCCAUUAAUCCCAACACCUGUUGUCAUUGUCUGCCGCAACGCGCUACUCGUGCGCGAGAUGAAGGCGAAAUGGGCAGAAGCGAGCAAAGACCAGAAAUUUCUCGUGAAUCAGCUGCUCGAAUUCAUUUCUGAGCCCGUCGGGCCUCGGAAGCUGGCAAAGGUCCUGGCAUCGAGCCUUGAGCGGAGACAAGCAAUGGUGUCGGUCAGCAUGCCACCAGAACUAACGCCACCGGCCGAGCCGGAGCCGGACCGGUACCUCGCGGCUCUCGCCGACGGAGGGUCAACGUCGGGUGGAAUCGCGAGUGAGAGAUGCGAGUCUCCAUGGCCAGAUCCGGAAGAUGAGCAAAGGGCGGAUGGUUCCCGCGAGGGGCACGCUAUGAGCAGCAAGUUUCUCAUUGUGGACGACAAUCCCAUCAACAUCAAGAUACUCUCGUCGUGCAUGGACAAGAUGGGACUGGAGCAUGACGUGGCUCGCGAUGGAAAGGAGGCGGUGGAGGCAUUCAAGAGAAACGCGGGGGCGUACAGGUGCAUAUUUAUGGACAUUACCAUGCCGGUGAUGAAUGGAUACGAGGCAACGAGCCUGAUACGGCAGCAGGAAAGGGAAGCGGAGCUGCCAGCGUGCGUGAUUAUCGCACUGACAGGGCUGGCCUCGGUGCAGGCGCAGCAGGAAGCGGCGGCCAGCGGCAUCGACCUGUUUCUGACGAAGCCGGCAAAGAUUAGGGAGCUGAAGCAUAUUCUGGCGCUCAAGGGGUUACUAUGA